AUGCUAGGUUUUAUCUCCCCUUAUCAUGGUGUUCAAUAUCAUUUGAAAGAACAAAUUGGAAAUAUACCUAAUAAUAGAAGGGAGCUAUUCAAUCUUAAACAUUCGUCUUUAAGAUCUAAGAUUGAAUCCACCUUUGGAAUAUUAAAAAAUUAUUUCAAGAUUCUUUCCUCUAAACCAAAUUACCAAUUUGAGACACAUGUUGAUAUUGUCUUGGCAUGCAUAGUGCUUCAUAAUUAUAUUGCCACAGUUGAUCCAAACGAUGACAUCCUCAAUGAACCUGUAAAAAUUGAAGAAGAUGAUAAUGAAAUGGCAAAUGAAGAUGAGGAUAAUAUUCUUGACUUCUCUCAAACUCAAACCCAACGAGAGCAAGUAGAAUCAAGAAUCGAAUGGAAGAAUCGUAGAGAUCAAAUAGCUUGGGAGAUGUGGGUUGAUUAUUAUGAACGCCACUGUGAUGGGAACGUCACUGAAAUUGGCAUGUCAACUUAA